AUGGAUGCAGCAGCAGUACGUACCUUGGUGCAAGAAGCCGUUCAGGCAGCUAUCGAGGCCACGAGAGUCCCACCUCCACCACCUCGCGUCAUCCCAUUCGCGGUGACGCCAGCUGGAGCAGGCAACACGGCAUGGGAUUUCACUUCCAGCACCGGACUCAAGAUCUUCGUCGCAUCCACAGCACCAUUCUCAAAACCUUAUGAUGGAGAGGAAGCCGACCUUCGCGAUUUCUUGAGAAAGAUCUUACACAGGGCGGAAACGUACGGAUGGACGCAGAUCUUUUUCAUCGCUGAUGGUGCAGGAGUCAUUCGCAACCUCACCAAAGAGCAUGGAUGCCUCGAACUGACGAACGUCCAGGCAGCAGCGGUCACCAAUCUACGUGGAACCGGAAGGCCUCAUCAAGCAUCAGAGUGUCUCCGUCAGCUGAUCAUCGGAUCAGUGACGGCAUCCAUCGCCGACAAGCUCUAUCAUCGGAGAGCAAACUACACCAUCAACGCUGCUGCGGCAGCAGUAGAUGGAAACCCCCCUCCUGCUCCAAUCAUGAAGGAAGAUGGCACGUGCAUGCUGUAUGAGCUGACCACGUUGGUAUCCGUGGAGACAAGGGCGACAGUGGCAAUCAUCACCAAGAAGCUGUCGAACCUUGACAUGAUCAUGGAAGAGAAGAAGUCGAACGUCGAAGCAUUCAACGCGGCAGUCAAUGACUUGGUAGCGGCGCUCCAUGCUAGGGCGGCAACAGUUCCCCCGAUGGUCACAGCUCUCUUCGAUGGAUACUCCAUGUGUCAAGACUCCAUCUUCGUCAAGUAUAUUGCCAGGAAGCAAGAAGAGUAUGAAGACGGCACGAUCAACAUGACUCCGGAAAGGUUGAUGAGCCUUGUCCUCGAGAAAUACAAGAUCCUCGUAUCCAAGAAGGCUUGGAUGAAGAAGACGGAAGAAGAGAUGGAGAUCAUGGUCCUCAAAGCUGAGAUCUCACAGCUUAGGAAGAAGCCAUCAGCUUCAGGAUCUGCUCAGCCCAAGAAGGCGACAACUCCACGUCAAGGAAAGGAUGAUGACAAGUAUGCCUGGAAACAGGUAGCUCCCAAGGAUGGAGAGCCACAUGACAAGACAGUCAAUGGCAAGGAGUACAUUUACUGUCCCCACCAUGAGACGACCAAAUGGGUCCUCAAGGUCAAUAACAAAGGGAUUGAGCAUCGUACUGGCUACUCCAAGCUCAAGGACUCCUCGACAAGUGGAUCGAGUGGUACCGGAUCGGAUGGAUCAAUGGCUGCGGCACUGGCCAACGCCACGGAAGAGAUUGGAUCGAACACCCAUCAGCAGGAAGCUGUGGAGGAAAAUACCUGA